AGUUUUUAGCCUAUUAAGCGUAACAUUGUAAAUUGUUGUUAUAAAUAUUUGUGAUUAAAAGUGAAUUAUAUGGAUUGUGAACCAGAAUGGUGGAAACAGUUGGAAGAUGUGAGUUUGAACCACCCUUGUGAUGAGGACGAUAAUAAUCUAAUGCAAAGUUGGAGGGGUAAAUCGCUUGGCCACAAUGUUCCAGAACAUGGAUGGAAAAUAGCGCUGAGUCAUAAAUUCAAGACCAAACCAACCCCAUGGUCGUUCCCACCUUUGACUCAGAUCCCAUCUGUUUUAGGACUCGCUGUCAGGUACUUACAGUAUUACAACCAGUUAAGAAGAAAGAACAAAAAACCUUGCAUGGACUUCUUUAACCAACACCCAUUAAGACCAAUAUAUGGUGUACCACUUGGAGGCAUAGGUAGCGGGACCAUCAACCGUGGGUGGCAGGGUGAUUUCUGCAAGUGGCAACUUAAACCAGGAAUAUAUACGUUUGAUUGUCCACUUGCUGAUCAGUUUAUAGUUUCUAUAAGAAGACACAACACAGUAGUUUGCCAACAAGUACUUAGUACCAAGGGACCAUCAGGAGAGGCUUUACGAACUUGGAAUUGGAAGUACUGUGGUUCAUACGCAUACUACAAUGGAUUAUACCCUCGUGCAUGGACGGUAUAUGAUUUACAAGGGCAAAACAUCGUUUUAACUUGUAGACAAAUAUCCCCGGUAUUCCCUAAUGAUUACAAGGACACAAGCCUCCCAGCAGCGGUGUUCGUCUGGGACGUUGAGAAUCGCGGAAACGAAGAGGUGGAAGUAACUAUUGUGAUGUCACUGGAGAACGGAACCGGCAACCCUGAACAACAAAAGAAAGUAUCAGGAUUAUGGAAUGAACCGUUCAGUAAUACUGACCAUAAUAAUAAAGCAAAGGGUGUUGUGAUGCAUAAUACAACGUAUAGGGAUAUGCCGUACACAUUGACUGUAGCUGCUGCUGAAAAGCCAGGUGUAGAUGUGACACACUGCACCAGCUUCAAUCCAACCCACAACGGAGCUGAGGUUUGGAACUCGUUGUUGAAUACAGGAAGAUUACAAUCUAAACCAGGUAAAAGUUCGUUAACAGCUACAGGCGAGCACACAGCAUGCGCUGUAGCAGCUUCAUGUAAAGUUAAACCUCACUCCAUGGCUGGCUCUAUGGACUUUGCUUUAACAUGGGAUAUGCCACAGAUUCACUUUGGUGAUGCAGGCAAACACUACAAGCGUCGAUACACGCGCUGGUUUAAUGGGGACAACGCUGGUGCUACAAUCGCUUCUUAUGCUUUGGAUAAUUAUCAAACAUGGGAGGAUAAGAUUGAGGCGUGGCAACGACCUAUACUUGAUAACAAACAGCUUCCUGAUUGGUACAAAUCGGCAAUCUUCAAUGAGCUUUAUUACAUCACAGAUGGUGGGACUGUGUGGUUAGAAGUGGCUGAGGAGGAAAAUGGAACAGCCAACGGAAAAGUACCGGAAACUUUACAGAAUACAACUAAAGUUGACAGUUGUGACUUCUUGAAAGAAUACGGAAAGUUUGCUUAUUUGGAAGGACAAGAAUAUAAGAUGUAUAACACAUAUGAUGUUCAUUUCUACGCUUCUAUUGCCCUUGCUUAUCUAUGGCCAAAGCUAGAGUUAAGUGUUCAAUAUGAUAUAGCUACCAGCAUCCUACAUUCGAACCCACAACCUCAUAAAUACUUAAUGGAUGGGGUGACCGCUCCCGUUAAAACCCCCAACGUGGUCCCACAUGAUGUUGGGUGUCCAGAGGACGAACCAUGGUUAAGAGUGAACACAUAUUUUGUCCACGACACCGCCGACUGGCGCGACCUCAACCCAAAGUUCGUAUUACAAGCAUAUCGGGAUUAUUACAUCACUAAGGAUAUUGACUUUCUUAAAGCUAUGUGGCCGAUAUGCAAGAUUGUAAUGGAGCAAAGCAUGAGGCACGAUAAAGAUAACGAUGGAUUGAUUGAAAACAGUGGAGCAGCGGAUCAAACUUUUGAUGGAUGGUGUGUUACUGGACCAAGUGCGUACUGUGGAGGGUUAUGGCUUGCUGCGUUACGUUGUAUGGAGGAAGCCGCAGACAUUCUGCAUGAGAAAGAUGAUCAAGUCAAGUUCCAUGAUAUAUUAGUGAGGGCUACCAAGGCUUAUCAGGACCGUUUAUGGAACGGUAAAUAUUUCAACUACGAUUGCAGUAAUAACCCCCAACACAGAACAAGUGUAAUGGCCGACCAGUGUGCGGGGCAGUGGUUCCUACUCGCUUCAGGGAUUUGUGAUGUCCUCCCCGAUGAUCAAGUGAUGUCGUCAUUAAAAACAAUAUUCUCGCUCAAUGUGGAGCAGUAUGACGGGGGGCGCCAUGGUGCCGUUAACGGAAUGCGACCACACGGGGCAGUAGACACAUCUAGUGUUCAAUCUGACGAAGUAUGGACGGGGGUGACGUACGCCCUCGCUGCUACUAUGAUACAUAAGGGCAUGUUGAAAGAAGGUUUCCGCACAGCGAGUGGAAUUUACAGAUCAUGUUGGCAGAGGUAUGGGAUGGCGUUUCAGACACCAGAAGCCAUGAGGAAGAACCAUACAUAUAGAUCCCUUGCUUACAUGCGGCCCUUAAGCAUAUGGGGCAUGCAAUAUGCAUUGGAAAACCCAAAGGAAUAGUUUAAAUAGGAAAUUAUGAUUUUACAUUUUUUCAUCUUUUCCACUGGUCAGAAUUAUUUUAUUAAAAUUGUUGUUUCUAAUUUUUUCCACUGUUACAUUAAUAUAAGUUAUUUACCAACAUUUUAACCUAAACAGACUUUUUCCACCCUCUCAACUCCUAAAAACAUUUUUAACUAAUUACCUUUUAAACUUAAAAACUUUUCGAAACUGCCAAAAUAUCAUAUUAUACGAUUUCUGUUACAUAGGUGGCGGUAGAGAUUACAAAAUAGAGUUUUCAAUUUUCACUGUUGUUUUCAAGUGAUUUUAGUUUUAUUUUAAAACGAAAAUAAUUUUAUUUUUACCAAACAUUUUUCAGAGUUCCUUUUUUUUCAUAUUUUGACGAAAAAAGUAGCAAGUGCAAACAGCAUAACAUGACAACUAGUAUCUUGCCGACAGUAUUUAACUUUGAUCAUUUAAACUACACCAUAGUUAUGUACAACAUGCUUAAAUGACACUUUUAAAACAAGGUUUUAAACUUUUCAAGUUAAAACACACUUAGACGCUCUAGAUCUGUUGGUGGCAACAAAUUUAUAAAAAACUCAUAUUUUAUUUCUACUUUACACAACACAUGCUAAAAAUUUUUCAUAAAUUAUUGUUACAAAGUAAAAGAUUCGCAACACUGUUUGGAAACCAUGUUUGAAAUUAUUAACUUUACAAUUGCUGUUCAAAAGUUAGAAAAAAAAAUAUUGUUUUUUACAAAUUUUCAAUUUCCUUUAGGCUAUAUUAUGAUCAGAAUUGUUUGAAUGUUAAGAUCAAACAUAGAAUUAAAUCUGAACAUUUAUGUUUAAGCUAGAACAAUAUUUUUGUCUUCUUUAUAAGCACUGGUGACUUGAAAUUAGUGUCGUACAAUUGCUAUUUAUUUUUAUAAUAUACAAAACAUAGAAAUGUUAUUACAGCAUAAAUAGAAACCCUGUAUUUUUUCCAAUUAUAUCCACAGAAUUGUGGGCAAUUAUCAAACCGUUUCAAAAGUCCUUUUUUAGUCUUGACUAAAAUUCUAGUUUAAAAUUAUUUAAAUUGUUGAUUUUUUAUUUUAUAUCACUUAGAGAAAUCUUUAGCUUAAGAUACUAGCGCGUAAAACUCUAAUUUUCAAGCCAGUUUCAAUACAAACAUACCAGCCAAUAUAUGUAUAAAUGACAAAUUGUCUUUAUUUUUGUCUGACAUUGAAAAAAAGAUAGUUUUCGAAUACUCGCUACAGUAAAAAGUAUUUUUACUUCGGACAUCACUGAAAAUGGAUUUAGUUUUAAACUGAAUCGUUUGAAACUGAUGACAAUUGUGUCAUAUACAUAUAUAUGGGUUGGUAUGUUUGUAUUGAAACAGACCAAUAUAUAUUACAUCUGAUGUUACCAUAAUGUGCAACACAAGCAUAUAGCAUCUGGUGCAUUAUUUUGCUGCUACUGCACUUUUAUAUAUCAAGAGUGUUGUUGUUUUUUUUGUAUAUACAACAAUUGCACCAUAUUUGCAUACCAAAGUCACUUUUAUGUUAAGUUUUCCAAACUUGUGGCCACAAAGUGCACCCAAAAAAACACAGCGUAUAAAUA